CCUGUUGAAUGGAGGCAGCGGGAAGAGGCAGUUGUUCUCACUUCCAGUUAUCAGAGAACCUGUGUGAACUCCGUUUCUCAGUAUGAGUUCUUAAGCGGAGGAAGUGUUUGUUUUUUUUAGAACGGAAACCCAAGCGAUGCGCACACACAGCUGCCGCUGAUAACAAGAAGCGGCACUCCGCUUUCAGCUGCACAUCUUAUUGAGUCGCCAAAAGACAGCGGCUGUGUUUAUUUCUCAGAGCAGCAGCAAAAGGUGAAGCGAGUUUGCAGAGCAGCCAGCUUGCAUAAUGGGAUCUUUUCGGCGUCCCAGACCUCGAUUUAUGAGCUCUCCAGUUCUGUCGGACCUUACCCGUUUUCAUGCAAGCACACCUGCUCUACAGAUCUCCAACAUCACUGUGUGGAACAGGGUCCAAUCAGCUGUGAUCAAGGUGUUCAAGGGGGCAGCUCUGCAGACUAAUGAGCUCUACACACUUAACGAGAGCAUCAGGUGGCUCCUUAAAACUGAGAUGGGUUCCUUCAUCACAGAGUACUUCCAGAAUCAGCUGCUGAGUCGAGGUCUAUCUGGAGUCCUGGAACAGAUCCUUCUUCAAAACAGUGACACUGAUGACAACCAGCUUAAUGUCCUUGCCUGUAUGUGGGACCAGUUCUUCACAGAGACCCUCCCUACACUGCAGGCCAUCUUCUACCCUGUCCAGGGUCAGGAGCUGACUGUGAGACAGAUGUCUCUCUUGGCCUUCAGAGACCUGGUGCUGUUAAAACUUCACCUGGAGGAAACUCUGGGAAAUGCAACCUCUAUUCCUCCAUCGGUCACACAGAUGCUACUGGUGUUACAGGGUAUCCAUGAGUCUGGUGUUCCAAGUUCGGAGUAUCACCGUUUGGAGAGUCUAGUGGAAAUUGUUGUGUCUCCAUAUGUCUGCAAUGUCCUGCACAAUAGAAACAGCCACCAAUUAGAGCCCUGUCAUCUACGUUCAUCGGAAGCACUGCUAGGUGACCAGUCCCAGCCUGAAAUUAUGAUCACACAGCAUCAUAGCUCCCUGGACUCCUCGUCUCUUUCUCCACUGGUGGAACAAGAAGGAGAGGCAUAUCUGGAGAAAGUUGGCGGUGUGCGGCGCCACACAGUGGCUAAUGCACACUCUGAUGUCCAUCUGCUGUCAGUUUCAAACAAGAUGCAUGCUGGGAUGGAGAACAGCAGAAGGGAAGACGAACAGGGAGUUGUUGGGUUUUUGGUGGGGGCCAAGCCUAUGACUCCCAAGAAUUUCUGCCGCCAACUGGUGAUGGGAGAUUCUCCAAAUUGCUCAGAAGACAUUGGAUAUGUGAGACAGAACAAAAUGAAAAACUUCAGGAUGACGAAUGAAACUAACUGCAGAAAGAAACUCGCAGGACAUUAUUAAGAUUAAAGAACAAGAUGAGAAAUGCAAGAAACUGUGUAGGAAUCAAGAGGAAACGUUUGUACCAAGCUUGUUCAUCUAGGAUGGAAAGGUCUGCUCAGGGUCUUAACUGCAAUGAAUGUCUCAGCAUCAGCUAAGAGCUGUUUUCAAGUUCCUCACUACUUAUGAGGUUCUUUGUCUUUGUAUGUCUCCUAAUAUCACACAAAUAGGUUCUCUUUUAAGACUGUUAUUAAAUAGCAAAAUUUAUUAAUAAAACAAAUUCAUGUGCUUUACACUAUAAUACCAGUCCAGACAUUGGACACACCCACUCUUUCAAAAUGUUUGAGCUUUGUUUUUAUUUGUAAUAUUCUUUACUUUUCAAAAAUAAAAAUAAUAAAUGACACAUUGAUAUGUUUAAUAUAAUUAAUACAAAAAAUUAGUUUGAUGUCACCAUUUUUAACUUUAUCAGUUUGUCACUUGGCUGGAAAGGUGUUUAGUUAGCCAGCGAGCUUUGUCAAAUGUUAACUAUUAAAAUUACAUGCCAUUAUGUUUCUAUAAAUUCCAUACAAAUUUGGUACUAUUCAACAACUUUGCUAAGAAACACCAAACUAAAUAAAGAGCCCGUCAACUAGAAUACAGUGCAUCUGGAAAGUAUUUACAGUGCUUGAUUUGUUCCACAUUUUAACAUGUUACAGCCUCAUUCAAAAAGAAACUAAAUUUAAAAAGUGUAGUUUCUCCCAUUAUUACUCUCAGAACCUCUCAAGUUCAGGGUUGAUGGGA